CUUUCUUGAGACGUCACCCAAUCGGAAGCCCUUUUUGAUGUUCGAAUCACUUUGUUAACUCACCUCGUGGAUUAUCUGAUCUGUAUUGCAGCUGCUGAACUAUUCUCGGAUGGGAGAUAAAGAGGAGUUUGAUGAGGGUGAGAUUGAGUACACGAGCUACGCAGGCGAGCAUCACUUGCCGUUGAUUAUGUCUCUAGUGGAUCAAGAACUCAGUGAGCCUUACUCUAUCUUCACUUACCGCUACUUCGUCUACCUCUGGCCUCAGCUCUGCUUCUUGGCGUUUCACAAAGGUAAAUGCAUAGGAACUGUAGUGUGUAAGAUGGGAGAGCAUAGGCAGACUUACAGAGGGUACAUUGCCAUGUUGGUUGUCAUCAAACCGUAUCGUGGAAGAGGUUUAGCUACAGAGCUUGUAACAAGAUCAAUUAAAGUGAUGAUGGAAUCAGGCUGUGAAGAGGUAACGUUGGAGGCAGAAGUGUCAAACAAAGGAGCGUUGGCUCUAUAUGGAAGACUCGGGUUCAUAAGAGCCAAACGGCUACACCACUAUUACUUGAAUGGGAUGGAUGCUUUUCGGCUAAAGCUUUUGUUCCCAAGGCCUCGUGUUCCUCAAAUGGUUUCUGAGGAACAAACCCAGCCAGAGCAGGAGAUUUUCCCAAGGCCUCGUACCUGAAAUGACAUGAUGACCGACCCUGUCACUUCCUUUUCACAGUUUGAUUCAACCUUGAGGCAUUGGAAAAGAAGAUGUUGUAUUGUUUCUCUGUAUUCUGGAUAGUGAACAUAACCUAGACUAUGUUAUGUUUCAUAUUAAGGUAUUACCAAAGUUUUGUUCAGGAC